CAAUGAGUAUUCAAUUCAAGUGCUUAAACAACAAUGGCUAGAGCUACUGUUUCAUCUGUUUUAAAUAAUGAAUCUUCUCAUAUUCCAUUUUUAAAUGGAGAUAAUUUUUCGGACUGGAAAGACAAAAUUCUCUUGACAUUAGGGUGCACAGACCUAGACUUUGCAUUGCGUGUGGAGGAACCACCCGUGCCCACUGAAACAAGUUCGUUAGUAGAAAAAACUACAUAUGAAAAGUGGGAGCGGUCAAACCGAUUAAGUCUAAUGCUCAUUAAGUCACAUAUUAGUAAGAGCAUUAGAGGUUCAAUUCCUCCAUGUGAUAAGGUAAAGGACUACUUAAAGGCCAUUGAAGAACAAUUUGUUAGUUCUGAUAAGGCAUUAGCUAGCACUCUAAUGAACAAGUUGUCAAUUAUGAAACAUGACAAAUCUAGGAGUAUGCGUGAGCACAUAAUGGAGAUGAGGGACAUUGCUGCACAACUUAAGUCCUUAGAAAUUGAGAUUUCAGAGUCAUUCCUUGUCCAUUUCAUAUGGACCAUUUAA